CCCCGAUGACGACAUACACCACGUCAACUUCAACUGACUGCAACUGCUCAAAAAACCCACACACUUCUUCCUUUCUUUACACAGACUUGAUUCUUAAACAACUGGAAACCAUGUAAUCAUUCACAGAUAACGCGGUGAGUGUGAAUGCACUACAACGCGAGGUCUAGUUUAAACGUUAACGGCUCUUUUUUUGGUCUGAAUGUCGCGCGUUAGUAGCUCUCGCACGCUAGCCUAGCAUCUUUGAUUCAGCCUCGGAGAAUUUAUUUAACGUAACGUUUAACUUUUCAGCCAACUAUCACAGCUCUAGGAUAAUGUUCUUAAGUCAAUCAUGACCUCAUUGUCGUCGUCAUCAUCAUCUCAGUUAACGGGGUCAAGCUCUUCAUGCAGGACUCUUCCAGGGGAAGGGUCUCAGGUCCACCCUAAACCUCCGCUACUGCAGAUCCUGAGAGUAGCAGGUGCUCAGGAGGAGAUGUUUACCCUAAAAGAGGUCAUGCACUACUUGGGUCAGUACAUCAUGAUGAAGCAGCUCUAUGACAAACAGAGACAGCACAUCGUCCACUGUCAAGAUGACCCACUCGGAGAGCUACUGGAAGUAGGAAGCUUUUCCGUUAAGAACCCCAGUCCUGUCUAUGAGAUGUUGAAGAAGAAUUUAUUUAUUUUGAACAAUUCGGAUGCAGCAAAGAAUCUUUCAGUCGGCAAGGAUUCUAAUGAGUCUCCAAGUGAAGAUCCUGGUCAGGUUUCCAGUGGUUCGGUUAGCUCUGGACAAGUUCUCAUUGUUGGUAGUUCCACCACUGGUGCAAUGCAGAGCUGCUCACAACGCAGGCCACGUGAUUCUGAUGAAGACUCCUCAGAUGGCUUGCCUAGGUCUGCUUGCAAACGGCCAAAGCUGGAUGUUACUCUGGAAGAGUGGGACCUUUCUGGGUUGCCCUGGUGGUUUCUGGGUAACCUACGAAGUAAUUACAAUCGCCCGAGCAUUGGUUCAACGGAUAUUCACACCAAUCAACUCUCUCCUGGACAGGACGAGGAUGCGGCCAUCGUUUCUGACACCACAGAUGAUCUUUGGUUCCUGAAUGAAGCAGAGAGUGAGCAAGUGAGUGUUGAGAUGGAGGCAGUGCUGGAGCAGGGAAGUGACGCAGAAUCUCCACAUGAAGAAGAGGAGACUUGGAAAGAUCGUAAAGAUGAAAGGAAGAUGCAAGAAGAUCAGGAUGAUGACUCUCAAUGUUUAAGUGAUGACACUGAUACUAAGAUCUCCACACAGGAUGCGUGGCAGUGUUCAGAGUGCCGCAAGUUUAACACCCCUCUUCAACGGUACUGUAUGCGCUGUUGGGCUCUGCGGAAAGACUGGUACAAGGAUUGUCCUCGUCUUGUACACUCCAUUUCCGUGCCAGACAUCCCCAUCUGCAGUUCACGUCCUGAGAGGGAUGAAGACGAGGAGGAUGAUGAUGGAAUUGACAUGCCUGACUGCCUUAGGACUGUGUCUGACCCAGUCGUCCUCCCCUCGCACCAAGUCUCUAGAAAUAUCCCCCCAUCAUCCUCUUCUUCGUCUAAAGGAAAGGGUCCUUUUCAGCUUCACCACCACUUACAGGAGAGCUCAGAGGGAGACAGCCAGGAUACCCUGGACAUGGAGACGGAAUGCCAACCGGAGGCCAUACUGGAACCCUGCAAGCUGUGCCGAGUGCUGCCCCGAAACGGAAACAUCAUCCACGGCCGCACAGCUCACUUGAUCACCUGUUUCCCCUGUGCCCGCAAGCUGCACAAAUUUCAUGCUCCUUGCCCAGGCUGUGGCCAGGUUAUACAGAAGGUCAUUAAAACCUUCAUAGCAUGACCAAAGCAUCUUAAAGGCAUGUAUUGUAAAAAACACUCAUAUACUAGUUUUUUUUUAUUGUUUCUUUGUACAUAUACAGAAGAAGACAGAGAAAUUGACAAACCAUUUCUGGGCUAAAAUGAAAGCACAGUGUUAUCAGUGUAGUAGUACAGUGUAUCUAUGAUUUAUAUUGUAUUACAAAUCAAGUGUAUAUAUAAUGUACAGAAUGUAAUUUAAAGAAUGUGGGCUUGUAUUGAUGGUUCACCAUUAUUUCGUUAGCAUAACAAAUUUCUUUGCAUCUGCUUUCUGUCAUGUGAAGGAGAGGGUUAGCCACCAUGAUUUGCUACUGAGAGUGGAAAGGUAUAAAUCAUGGGUCAGAAAUAAUAAUAGACCCAGAAGAAUCGCAUGGCUUCAGUAUUUGUGCCUGCAUAAACAAUUAAAAUCCUAACUUUUACUACUUUAAACACACCAGACAGUUUGCUAUAAGUGCAUUUAAAAGUCCUUU